UAGUGCUGUGAUUUUGACUUCUUGUUUAUUCCAUCAGCAGCUGAGGUGCCCAUGUGACUGAAGUCAGUCAUGGAGGAACUGCGCCAAAUUGAUCUGAUCUACAUCACUGAACGUAUCAUCACCAUAUUCUGCCCUCCUGAGUGUCUGGAGGAGAGCUACCUGCAAAACCUGCAGGACAUUAUUCGCAUGCUGCAGUCCAAGCAUGUACACAACUACAUGCUCAUCAACCUCUCACAGAAGAAUGGCACUCUCACACAAAUGAACCACAAGGUUUUGGACACCGGUUGGGUGGAUCUCCUGGCUCCCAGCUUGGAUCAGAUCUUGAGUGUGUGCACAACCAUGGAGAACUGGCUGCAAACAAACCCGAAGCAUGUCCUGGUGUUACACUGCAGGGGAGGUAAAGGGCGGAUCGGGGUCCUGGUGGCUUCUUACAUCCACUUCAGCAACAUGUCAGCCAGUGCAGGCCUUUCUCUCGACCACUUUGCCAUGAGGAGGUUCUACAACGACAAGCUGUUUGCUCUGAUGACCCCUUCACAGAAACGGUAUGUUUGGAUGCUGGGGAGCAUGUUAAAAGGAGGUCUGAGGAUGUGUCCCUCUCCAUCUUUCCUCCUCUGUGUUGUUCUUCAUGGUCUUCCCAAAAUAAGACCAGAUGGAGGAUGUUGCCUCUUUCUGAGAGUCUACCAGAGCCUGCAGGCUGUCUGCACAUCAGCAGUUUACCACGUUACUGCAGCGCAGACAGACCGGCUCUACUUCGUGCUACAGCCGGCUCAGCUGCUCAAAGGAGACAUCAUGGUGGUGUGUUAUGAUAAGAACAGCCACUUGUCCAGCCGGCAGGUCGUCUUCCGUCUCCAGUUUCACACCGGCCUCGUGCACGGACACACACUCACCUUCUUGAAAGCAGACCUUGACUGUGCCAGUGAAGGCAGAGAGCUCUGGCACAACGGCGCCUCUGUCACGGUGGACUAUGACACCUUGGACCCUUUAGUGAGGCGAGACUCCUUCCAGGACAUGUCUUCUCUUGAAACAGUUCCACCCCCUGUCCUCGACCCUGGAAAUGGCAGUUUGUACGGCCGAGUGAGGAAGAAGAGCAGCGAGGAAGGAGUUUCACUGCCCUUGACCACCAGCAGUCCCAGCUGCAGCGACCGAGCUCCGUCCGCCAGCAGCGACUCCGGCCUCUCUGUGGCCUCGCAGGGGAGAACCGGGGCAAGGCAGAGGAGAGGGGUUGCGCGGGACAAGAGCACCCAAGCGGGGAAGCUUCUCUCAGGGUUGGACUUUGAGAUCGCUCAGCCUCUCCUGGAGGUCAUGACUGAGCUCGCUGCGUGCGGUGGAGGGGAGGUGCAGAUGGUUGGAGAUGAGACUGGAUUGGGAACCACUAUCAACGGAGAGGCUUCGUCCAGCGAGAGGGAGACUGACAUACUGGAUGAUGAGGACGAUGCAGCAGCUUCUGCUUUAGACGUACUGAGCUCGAGUAGCAUCGGCUCCCUGUCCUCAGAGAAUCUACCGGAGACUCAGAGAUCAGCCCAGACCGAGUACUCCACGCACUCCUGGGUGAGGCAGCAGCAGAUGGUGGAUGUUGUCACCCAUAAUUACAUCGAGGUGGUGGCGGAGGAGAGGUCGAGCAGGGUGAGGAAAGAGAGGCCUCCACCUCUGGUAGCUCCUGACACACCGCCUCGAGGACUCAGCAGCAGGGAGGCCGUGCAGAGAGGGACACACAACGUCACCCAAAACGCAGAUAACACACACCAAGAGGAGGACUUGUCCUCGUUAACCACCGACAUCGAUGAGUCCAUAGAGCAGCUGAACCAGCUCAUUCUGGAUUUGGACCCAACCUUUGUUCCCGUUCCCACCCGCUGCGCCCCCCUGUCCCGCUCCGCCUCCCUCCACACCAACGGCAUCAGCCACAAGGGAGAUGCACACCUGUCAGGGUGGAAGCAGCAGAAGCAGGUCAGUAAUGUGACAGACUACGCCGGUCUACACAGUCCAGGAUGGAUAGGGGGGGCACCUCAGACCUUCAGGGGCUCCCCAGUCCACAGUCCCCCUUUCUCUCCUUCUCGGCAUGGGCAUCUCCACAAAGCCAACAGCAUGGGUUAUCAGGGACAAACGGAGAGCCCAGACCUUGUCCCACAAACUCCAGCCUUCCCAGUAACCCCUCCAACGCCCUACGUAAAACAUUUCUCUGAGUUUUCCCAGCUCAGGACCGGAGUCCAGUGGGAGCAACACAGCUGGACACAAGAUGCCCGUAGUUUCCUGGACGGUAUGAACCACGCCGGCGGCUCCACAGAGGGAGACCUGUUCAGAUCAGACGUGUCGGUCACUCCUGCUUCCUGUCAGAGGAUCUUUGGCUCCAUGUGCUCCGUGUCAUCAGGAAGCCCCCUCCCACACACAGACAGUGCCACUCCUCCUCCAGUGUGGCAUGACCGGACUCCAAAUUCCCUGAACUCCCCGUACCCCCCCCAGCCCUCACCCCCUCUCCCUCUCAGCACUCCCAAUGCCCACAGUUCUCCCCGGGGGGCUCUGAAAAGCCUGGGUGGAGGUCUUGGGGUCCGCAGAGAGACAGACAGCGCAGACUUGUCCUCCUUGUUGUUGGGGAACGGUGGCCUGGAUCACAGCCUGCUGGAGGCCAUGGAGGGGCUCGGGACCCUGAACCUCGGGGGAGAAGGGGGCCUCGCUCCGAUCUUGCCUGAGAAGAGGAGAUGGGUUGAGGGGGGAGAAAUUGGCUCCCGCUCCCCUUCCCUAAGCGGGUUUUCCAGCCCUCACAGUGGCAGCAGUCUCAGCAUCCCUUUCUCGUCCUCCAUGACCCCCGACCCCCUGAGAGGACUCAGUGGGACCCAGUCACCCGGAUCAGACUUUGGCAGUAAGCAUGACACUGUGAAGUUUGUUCAGGACACUUCCAAGUUCUGGUACAAGCCCGACAUUUCCAGAGACCAAGCCAUCGCCGUGCUAAAGGACAAAGAGCCGGGCUCGUUCAUUGUCAGAGACAGUCACUCGUUUCGCGGGGCGUACGGGUUGGCUAUGAAGGUGGCCACACCCCCUCCGUCUGUGGUACAACAGAGUAAGAAAGUGGGAGACCUGUCCAAUGAGCUGGUGAGACAUUUCCUCAUCGAGUGCACACAGAAGGGAGUUCGUCUUAAAGGCUGCCCCAAUGAGCCUUACUUUGGAAGUCUCACUGCUCUGGUGUGUCAGCACUCCAUCACCCCUCUGGCUCUGCCCUGUAAACUCAUCCUGCCCGACAAAGACCCAGUGGAGGAGCUGAAUGAUUCAUCUGCACAAACAGCAACAAACUCGGCAGCUGAACUCCUUAAACAGGGAGCAGCGUGUAACGUGUGGUACCUGGGCUCCGUGGAGCUGGAGUCGUUGACAGGACACCAGGCGGUUCAGAAGGCGACCACGGUGACGCUCUCCAUGGACCCUCCGCCGGCCUCCACCGUCGUCCACUUCAAAGUGUCGGCACAGGGCAUCACACUCACUGACAACCAGAGGAAGUUGUUCUUCAGGAGACACUACGCCGUCAACACCGUUAUAUUCUGUUCUCUGGACCCACAGGGAAGGAAAUGGACGAGAGGCAGCGGUUCCACUGCAAAGAUCUUUGGAUUUGUCGCCAGGAAAUCUCAGAGUGACACGGAGAAUAUGUGCCACCUGUUCGCUGAGCACGACCCGGAGCAGCCGGCGAGCGCCAUCGUCAACUUCGUCUCAAAGGUCAUGAUUGGGUCACAUAAAAAGUAACGAGAGAGAGAGAGAGAGAGAGAGAGAGAGAGACUCAAACUACAGACUGAGGCUCGACUUCAUCACAUCAAUAUGAAAAAAACAAAAGACUUCUACAACAACUUUUCCUCCCAAGAGCCAAAAAACACAUGAAGACACACACUCCAACUCCUGGUCCUGUUGGUCCAUCCCGCAAAGGGAGCAGCGUUUCGCUCUGGCUGCACUGCUGGAUGCUGCCACCAGAGGGAGCCAAGACUGUCAGGUAUAAUCACCUGCAAGAUGCCAAACUCUGAACUCUGUCUUUGAAAAAAAAAAAAAAAAAUCAGACCCUUUUUCACAGACGAUCUCCUCUGAGAAUCAGAUUUUGACACUUUUUCUGACUUUAUCUUCAAACUUACUUUCAAUGCAUUACACUACCACACUGAACUCACUUGUUGCUGGAAGUCACUGUCAAAAAUAACUAAUUUCCUUCAGAUUAAACCUGAAGAAUAUCAGAUAUUCUGCACAUAAAUAUCCACGUUAUAAUUCUGAAAUCUUUUCCUUCUUGGUGUAAAUGGUGUAAAUCAGGUUUCAGCAUCACUUCUGUUUAAAAUCACAGCUCCAUUUGAUAUGUUCAAACAGAACCGACCCUGCUGUCACGUGACAGAGCCAACGACGCGGUUGCCUUGUACUUAAGAUGGAUUUAUUGUGUUGUGUUUAUAUUUUGCUCAAAGUAUUUAUCCCUUUUUACAGAUGUGUAAAAAAAACCUUCAUUGUUCCUAAAUAUACUUGUCAUAUAUUUUUGUAUAUUAACACAAACUGUACAUUAGGAUUAGAGGUAAAGUGUACCUCAGAAUUUAUGUAAUUAUGCCCCAUAUUAUUGUGGGGGGACAGUAUGAUGUAGUGUUUUACAUAACAGUGAGCUAACUACAUAAUCUGCCCACGUGUACUUGUUGUAUUACUAAUAAUAUAGUUGUUAUUCAGUUCCUUCACCAGCGACUUAAAUACAGAUUUGUACAGUUAUCGUGAAAAGAGUCUCAUUUACUGUGAUUAAUGUCAUAAAAUUAGUACAACUUUUUUUUUCUUUCCUAAUUUCCUCUCCUGCUUUACGUUUAAUUUUUAAAAUUUGAUUUUUAAAUGAAUAUUACCAGAGCAUCUCUAAGUCUGAGGCCUUGUUAAAGGAUCAGUUCACCCAAAUUACAAAAUAACAUUUCAUAUAGAACCAUGUGGAUGCUUUCAGUUUUUCCCUGCACAAGAGAAAAGCAUGUUGUUACUGAUAUUAUUUCUUUGGUAGAAAGUAUAUAUGAUGAACAGAGUCACUUUUGGACCUGUUAAGUUCUUUCUUUUGUUUAUCUGCAUGAAUUCAUUUUCACAGUGGAAGCAGCUUGACAACACAACACUGAAAUAUUAGCACUUAACUGUGAUGGUUUGCCCUUAUAGGACUGUUUUGCUCUUGUUAUUAAAAGACCUUUUUUUUCCACCUAUACCCUUUUGUGUUGUCUGUAUUUGGGUUCAGUUAUUCCUUCACAUGUGAUAGACUCAGUAACUACUGGAUACGGAGCGGGGCUGGACUUAAAGACACCUCUUGGGUAAAAAUCAGGGUCCUGCUUCCAAAUAGCAGCCGGUAAUCUGAGGAAAUGUGGCUCUUCACUCAAAAAAGUGUCUGUGGUCACUUCAAAGUCUUCCCAAGUAAAUGGCAAACUGAGGAAAAGUUUGUCCGCUGGGU